AAAUAAAAAAGCAAAGUUAAAGCUUUACAUGUGUGCGUAUAUAUAGCCUCUUGUACUCGAGCCCUCAAUCACAUAUCAGAAAGCUAGAGAGGAAAGUAAAGUAGAAAGCCACGAGAAGAUCCCAAAAAGAAGAACCAAAAAACUUAUUUGGGUUUCUGGUUUUUGUGAAGGGGCAUGAACUGGACAAAUCUGUUUCAGCAGUACAGCAAGUGAUCAUCAUCAUCAUCAUCAUCAUCAUCAUCAUCAUCAUCAUCAUCGAUCAUGGGUGGGAACCCUAAUUUGUGGAGCAAUAUGCAUGACGCUAAUUACGUGCUUGGAUCUUCCAUUCCUUUCAAUUCCCUCCCUCAAAACCCAGAGCCUCCUUCUUCUUGGAGUCAGCUCCUCUUCUCAGGAGCGCCAGGAGAAGAAAAGAGAUUGGGUUUUGAUCAUUUUCAAGCAAAAAAGUUAGGAACGUGGGAAGAACAAGUUCUGGAUCCUUGUUUGUCGUCUACAGUUCAUCUUGCCGAAGGAAUAAAGCAAGAGACAGGUUUCCACAGUAGAAACUUGUACGGCCAUGCUGGUGAGGAAUUUCAGGGUACUUCUUCUUCAUCUGGUGGUGGGUCAGCAGCGAUUUGGUCACACAUGGUGGUUCCAGUUUCUUCUUCUCCUGGGUCUUGCGUCACUAGCUUGACCAGUAGUAGUAAUUAUAACAACAAUAGCAACAACACUGUAUUGGAUUCUUUCUCUUAUAAGAAGGCUGACACUAAUAAGAAAAAUCAUCUUCUUGCAGAUCACUCAUCUGAGUGUAGCACAGCCGCUGGUAGGGUCUUCAAGAAAGCUAGGGUUCAAGCAUCUUCAAGCCUCCAGCCUCCUCUCAAGGUGAGGAAGGAGAAGCUGGGAGAUAGAAUAUCAGCUCUUCACCAACUAGUUUCUCCAUUUGGAAAGACUGACACAGCUUCAGUGUUGUUGGAAGCCAUCGGAUAUAUCAGAUUCCUUCAUGGUCAAAUUGAGGCUCUAUGUUUUCCUUAUUUCGGAAAUUCAUCAAAAAACUUGAGGAAUCAUCACUUUGUGAAUCAUGGAGAUAGGAAUUCUGUAUUCCCUGAGGACCCUGGACAGCUGUUGAACAAUGAAUCUUCCCUCAAAAGAAAUGGAGCUCCAAACCAGGAAAGUGAAGAAGAAAAGGCAAAGGACUUGAGAAGCAGGGGAUUGUGCUUGGUGCCUGUGUCUCUGAGCCAUCAUUUUGGAAGUGAUCAUAACAUCAUUGGGGCUGAUUUUUGGUCUUCAGCUUAUGGCUCUGGUUUUUAAUUAACUCAACUACAUUCACUAAAUAAUCCUUAAUUAAUUUACCUUCUCUCAAUUUCACUACUAAUUACCUGAUCAGUCUUAAUUAAUUCAAUCCAUAGAGACUCAGUCUAUAGAAUCUAAGCAUGGCAGGUUAAAUUAUUCCAUCUCUAAUAAAUAUGUAAACAUAUUUUUUACUGUAAUAUUUUUACCAUGAUAUAUAUUUACAUGUUCAUCACU